AUGACACUACACAUCCCCCAAGCCAUCACGCCACCGCCAUUCCGGAUCCAGUUUGGUACAGCCCGCUUCUUCAUCCGGUUUUCUGAAUUGGUUGAUUUACUUCCCCCUCGAACCGCAGUAAACUCAAUCUACCAAGCUACCAUCACUGCACUACCCACUCCACGUCACCCAGCUCAGUCCGACUCUCAGCACAGAUUGGUUGAACAGCAAACUGGAAUUUCACAAGACAUAAGCAAUUUAGAGACCGUCUUGGGCAGGAAAGAGGAAGAUCUCCAUCUCCAUGGCGCUCAUUUUUAUGAAGCGCUCCUGAUCAUGCAAACCAUGAAGGCCGAAGACUGA